UACAGAUGCUUCUCAACUAGUGUAAGAAAUAUUACAGGGGGUGGCGCCUGUGGCUCAAGGAGUAGGGUGCCGACCUCAUGUACCAGAGAUGGGUUCAAACCCAGCCCGGCCAAAAACUGCAAAAAAAAAAAAAAAAAGAAAGAAAAGAAAUAUUAUACCACCUUUGAAAAGCUCUUGGAGGUGCCUCAUUUGCUACAUAUUAGAUCAUUACAGGUGACCAGCCUGUUUUGUUUAGUUUGGGUUUUAACACCUGGCAUUACUGGCAGCUAUGAUUUUAUCAGUCUGAUUACUCUCCAAAGAAUUUUUUUUUCUCUCCAAGGAAUUUUUUAAAAAGGAAAUACGACAAAUUCUAAACAACCUAUCCCAUCCAUGUUCUUUAAUUUAUCCUUAACCAGCAAUCCUGGGUAGCAGCCUCAGACACUCCUAGUGGAGCUUACACGGGACAGACAGGAGGAGUGUACAUGACCUUUCUUUCCAGGCUCACGGUUGCAAGCUGGAGGAAGGCAGGAAAUUUGGGGGUGUUCAGGGUUCUGGCGUUCCAAGGAAUCUGCAGGUCGGCGACACAUCGGUUGAGCUGGCUCCGGAUUGAAGCCAGAGAGGUCAGACUCUAAGAUCGCUCGACACGCGGUCUGCGUGGAAAACGAUUCAGCUACACACUGCCUGGCCCGACAGAAUGUCGCUACCCUGUCGCGCGCCCUUUAGCAGGAGACGCCUAGGAGCGCUUUUCCUACCGAGGUGAUCAGCUUUCCGAGGCAAACGCUCCAGGACUCCUCGGGUUCAGAGCCGGCUGCUCCGCCGGGGAGACGCGGGCCGCCGUCCGUGCGCGUCAGGCCGGCGGUGACCGCGGGGGCCGUGUACGCCACGCGGCUCUACGUCCCCAGCGCGUCGCCGCGGGAGCCACACCGGCUGGACCCAGGGCUGCGCUCUAGCGCGCGGGCGCGCGGGGGAGGAAAGAGACAGCAACUGCGGGAUGGAGAGGGGCAAAGUGAAGAAGAAGGAGAAGGGCAAGGAGACCGAGAAGGAGAAAAUUAGGGGGAAAGCAAAGGACGAGAAAAGGAAGGCGUCGGGGGAGCUGAUUAAGGGGAAAGAGAAAGGGAAGGAGGAGAAGGGUAAGAAAAAAGAGGAGAAAGAGAAACGGAGUCGAGAGAAAAGGGAGGAGGCAAAGAAAGAGCAGGAACCACCCCAGUGCAAAAAAGAGGAAGAGACGAGCAUCAGCGCCUUGACGGAGACCCAGCUCCAUCCUCCGGAGAAAAAUAAGCAGAUCCUAGUGCUGGGCCUGGAUGGAGCAGGAAAAACCAGUGUCCUCCACUCUCUAGCCUCAAACAGAGUCCAGCACAGUGAGGCACCCACCCAAGGUUUCAAUGCAGUUUGUAUCAACAUCGAAGACAGUCAGAUGGAGUUCCUAGAGAUUGGUGGCAGUGAACCUUUCCGUUCCUACUGGGAAAUGUACCUGUCCAAAGGUUUGUUGCUGAUCUUUGUGGUGGAUUCAGCAGAUCAUAACCGAUUACCUGAAGCGAAGAAAUACCUUCAUCGACUAAUUGGAGCAAACCCCAUUCUUCCUCUGGUUGUGUUUGCUAACAAACAGGAUCUUGAAACAGCCUAUCACAUUACAGAUAUCCAUGAAGCUCUGGCAUUAUCUGAUGUGGGAAAUAACAGGAAGAUGUUCUUGUUUGGAACCCACUUGACUAAGAACGGCUCAGAGAUACCCUCCACCAUGCAAGAUGCCAAAGACUUGAUCGCACAGCUGGCUGCAGACGUGCAGUGACCAGGAACAGGCCGACUGUGCAGCUCUUGAUGGAAAUGUCAUUAGGGAGUGUUGAGUGGCAGGCUUAAAGCCAAAGACUUCAGCUUUCAAAUAAAAAAUAAGCCAUUUCCUA